UGGCCAUCGCAGCCGCCCGCCCUUUCCCCCUGGGAGGUAACCUUCAAAGGCUCUACUCAGCACGAUGGAUGACCAGCUGAGUGAUGGAGAUGGACAAAAUCAAAGGACGUGCUCCCUUCAUUGUGACCAGAUGAAGGGACUCCUACCUUCUUCCGGCAGUGAGGGGACGUACACUGCAGCAGUUUGAUGUUCUGCAGAGCCAAUUGAUGCACCUAAAAGAUAAUUAUUUGGAAAUAAUUUUGAAAAAGAGGACCCACUGAUCAGAUAGAGCUCAUAUGCUGACUGCUUAUCUCUGUGAUGCUUGUUAUGAGUUGUCCAUCAGCAACCAAUGAGCCGGAGAGCUGCAGCAGCGAGGGAAGCAGCUGCACUACUUCCUCCAUCACCACCUCUGACCCGUCCUCUAUGUCUGGACACACUCACACCACCCUACCUUCCCUCAGCGAUGACCCUGACACCUCUAAGCAUGAAGCUCCCCCACCUCCUCCCCUGCCACCAGCACCUCCACCCCCUCCACCCCCAGCGAACACGUCCACCAACCACAGGAAGAAGCGCCGCGUCCGCAGCUUCUUCUGGAAGCCGAUACCGGAGGAGAAGGUACGCGGGAAGCCCAACAUCUGGACGAUGUCGGUGCGGCAGCAGCAGCAGUACCAGAUCGAUGUCCGCUCUGUGGAGGAGCUCUUCGGGCAGCAGGAGGAGGCAGCGACAGGCGUACGUGGGGCGACGCAGGCCGCUGGAACCUCAACUCGUCUCGCUCGGUCUCGCUCCUUCAAGGAGAGCAGCAAGGAUGAGAUCAACAUCCUUGACUCCAAGAGAGGGAUGAAUGUGGGCAUUUUCCUGAAGCAGUUCAAGAAGUCCAACCUCUCGAUUGUUGAAGACAUACGACAAGGACAAGGAAAGAUUUAUGGAGCAGAGCUGCUCAAAGACCUGCUGAAACUCCUGCCGGACGUAGAGGAGAUCAAGAAACUCCAGGCGUUUAAAGGAGACCCAGACAAGCUGACGCUGGUUGAUUCCUUUAUGUUCCUCUUGAUCCAGGUGCCUCAGUUCGAGGUACGGAUCGAGGCCAUAGUCCUCCGCGAAGAGUUCUUCCCUUCCUGUGCUGUAAUGAGCCGCGAGAUUGAUGUCGUCCGCGUCGCCACUAAAGAGCUGAUGAGCUGCGAGGAGCUUCAUGCCAUUCUGCAUCUGGUGCUGCAGGCCGGAAACAUCAUGAACGCUGGCGGCUACGCAGGAAAUGCUGUGGGCUUCAAGCUGUCUUCCCUCCUCUCAUUGGCCGACACCAAGGCCAACAAGCCAGGAAUGAACCUGCUGCACUUUGUCGCCAUGGAGGCAAAGAAAAAAGACGAGAAGCUGCUCAAGUUCCCGGAGAAGCUUCAGGAUGUGCAGAGUGCAGCCAGAAUCUCGGUGGAAAACAUCGAGGUGGAGUUUUCCUCCUUGUAUGUUCGGAUUAAGUGCCUGGAGGAGAAAGUUCAAGGAGACCCGGAGCUACUGCAGCAGCUGGAGCUCUUUCUGCAGAGUGCGGCUCAGACGCUGCAGGACCUGAAGAGACGCAGGCUGGAUCUGCGUAAAGAGGGGAACGCUCUCAUCGACUUCUUUUGUGAAGACAAGGACACCUUUAAGCUGGACGAGUGCUUCCGCAUCUUUCAGGACUUCUGCAUCAAGUUCAAGAAAGCUGUCAAGGACAACGUGGACCGUGAGUUGAAGGAAGCAGCCCGACAGCGUCGUCUGCAAGAGUUGGAGGAAAAGCGCUUCGCUUGGUCGGAGGCGGAUCAGAGCGGUGGAUUUGGUCGCAGCAGCAGCGAGAACGACGUGGAGAUGCUCACCAAGGAAGGCCUGCUGGACUUCUUCCAGCAGAGGUCUCAGAGUCCACACAGCCCGCUGGGACGCUCCGCCAGCGCCCGCCGCCACCGUCACACCCUGACCUCCAUCGCAGACCGAGAACUCCAAGGAUACCUGGAGCUACUUGGAGGCGCUGGGAAUCCCACUGACUAUUCCAAGUUUAACAGCCUACCUCGGUCGGGCCGCGCCGUGCAGCGGAGGACGACCCCCUGGAUCUCAGCCCAGGACGACAACCGUGAGCUGGGCUGCGACAGACAGGUGAUGUCCCCACAUGCAGAAACUGAGCCCAUCAGCCCACUGGCAAGGUUUUCCUCCUCUGGGAUAAAUGAUAAUGAACCUUACAACAACAAUAUUUACUCAUCCAUAUCAGAAGGCAGCGCUCUGCCUCGUCCCUUUUGUGUCUUUCAGACGCUCGCCCAGCCUCCCGACCCAACAGUUACCGGUCACAUGAAUGUCAGUGUGGAGAAGCACACUUUAGUUCGAGGUCCUCAAGCUUUUGACCUACCUAGUCCAAACAAUAACACUAAUCAUAUGCACUUUGUCAACCAGGGGGAUGUUGUGGUGAGUGAUUUGGAAAAGGAGGCACGGUCACUUCACUUAAAUCUGGACCUACUCCUACAUGAUAAAGAUUUAGAAAGAGGAGCAUAUCCCAAGGCAGCCUGGGGAGGGAAAAUAGAUCCUCCCGCACAGGACGGGGUGUCUCCUGAGAGAGAAGAAGAGGACAACAGCACAGUUUCAUCAACAACCUGUGAUACGCCCCUCCCCUUAGAUACCUCUGUAUCCAAUAAGAAACCAACGUUUUAUAUACCAGACUGCACAGAAACAGACUGCUCCGUCACCUCUGAUUACUCCGAGGUUGAAAGCGCGUCUCUCACAAAAGACGGACUUCAUAUCAGAACGACCGACCGCAGGAGAACCCAUCAGGAGAGCCAGCGAGAUCCGAGCUCUCUGUCCUCUAAUUUUGAGUCCUUGUCUCCCAACGAACAGUCCGUUUCACACAAUGAGCUUUCAAAGUCUGUGGACGCAGCAUCCAUGAAUGUGUCUGCGACCACAGAAGAGUGGGACACGGAGAGCUGUGACACCGCCGAGGGGAAACAAGGUGCAGAGAAAGAGGCACAGGGAAGCGGCAGGAAACCAGCGCAUGCAAAGAGCAAAGCUAACAAAGCGACUAAGAGCAAGAGCAGUGUGCGAACGCUGACCAGCAGCGAGAGCCAGGGCAUGAGGAAAGUCGUGCCCAUCAGCAAGCUUCCAAGGGCAGGUAGCAGCAAGAGGGCAGAGAAGCUUUGGGGACAUGAGGGUGGAGAGUCGAGCCGGCCUCUUCGUGACCAGAGCACCCCAGCGAGAGGAAGGAGCGAGAAGGCCUCAAGACCUCCUCGACACUCCAGUCUGCCUCCGGAUGAGUCCAAAGCUCAGAGGGGAAGCAGCCUCACAGGCGGCGUUUCAAGAUGGGCACGUGAUUUGACCCCGAGAAAGGCUUCCGUCCACAAGCCGAGCGCCAAACCCGUGAGGAACAUCCCCAAGCCUGUGCCUGAGGAGAAGAUGUGCCGCUCCACCAUGAGAGCCCUGGCUCAGGCUCAGGCUAAAGGUGGAGCUUCCUCCGACAACAGCAGCUGUCACACGCUCAACGCAAAGAACUCCUCCGACCUCCCGAACUUUGCUCGCAACACGGUAGCUUCAACUUCCAGGACCAAGUUGGAGCCGGCUGCCCCGUCUGUCCCCUCCACCCCGUCACGCAGUCCCUCGCUUCAUGGCCGACAAACCCCGGCGACGCAGAACAAGUUGUCGCCCACAGUUCAUAGCAGCGAGGAGCGGCCGCAAGGGACAAACCUGCGACGGGUGCAAAGUGUGAAAGCAACCAGUCGCAGCGCCUACCGCAGCGAGACUCCCCCGCCACCUCCUACACGUGAAGAUAUUCGUAAGGCGAGUAUCUUUUCUGAAAAGUCCGUCCAGUCCAGAGACUUGCUGAUGGCCAGCAGAGGCGCUAAACCCAGCUGGAAAUAAAACAAGAGAGACUUUCUCACUGAGCUUUAUGUAAAUUGUAUCUUCGUCUCCUUCUACUGUCCACACUUAUCUUCUCAUGUCGUGCAAAAGACAGGAACACUUUGAAGCUAUCUCACCUUAAGGUUCCUCCAGUAGCUGAUUCUGUAUCAGGUUUAUGAGUUGCAAAGAGCAAGAUGCAAUGAACUGCUCCACGCGUUCCUGUUUUGUUGCUAUUGUUCUCACAACUUCCCUUUUUCUUCUGAGCGGGGGGGGCAUUAACUAAAGUGACAAAUGGCAAAUUAGUGUUUUUACACAGGAUCCUCUUUGCCUGCUUAGCUGUCCAGUAACUGUGUAUGCUAGUGUCUGUGAUGAUGUCGAACACUACUGACUAUAUGAUGCUGCUAAUUAGCUCUGACAAUUUGAGACUGAGUUUCAGUGUCCGUUUCAUUCAGGGUUACAAGAUGUUGUACCUAAAGCUGCUGCUGUUUUGGUGUCUUUUUGUUUUGUUUUGUUGCGUCCUCCUGUGUCGCCCCGUUUGCUUUCUGGUUCCUUUAGCUUGAUAGCUUCAAGACGGAUCGCAGUGGCCUUGUACCAGCAGAGAGAAUAUGUUCAUUCGGCCUCUGCAUGAUGAAGAUGUAGAUCUGAGAAAUUGGUUUGAACUGCAAUGUCACUUUUUACAAAAUCCCUGGUAUAUUAUUAUUAUUAUUACUACUACACUAUAUAACGUCACAGAUUAUAAACCAGUGUAUACCAACUGUGGUACUCGUUGUACCUUGUGUAUGUAUGUGUCGGUAGUUCGUAAAUGUGUUAGAACUCCUCCAUAAUAUCGUGGAGUAGACAUGCACGUAGGAAAUGUUUCCUGUAUACUGUAGGCUAAUACACGAUUAACGCUAAUGCUUUAAAAACACAAGAAGAAGCAUCGAACAUGCCUGAAACACUGAAUAAUCAUCAGUUAUGUGAUAAGUUUGACCCUCUGGUCUGAUGUUGCUACUGUGAAUGUAGUCAUCUCAUAUGUUCUGUAGGCCUUGCAACAAUAACUGGUCAUCAUUCAGCCCCAGUGUGUGCCCGUCAUGUAUCGCCAUUACAUUUGAGUCACGGAGCUAAACAUCUGCUAUUCGGAAAGAAAUCUGAUCCAGAAGGUGCUUCGACGCACCGCUGUGAAAGAAUAUUUUCAGCCGGUGUCCCAGGUUGAGAAUUCCUUCAGAAAGGUGAAAAUGAAACGUGUCGUUGCUCAUUUUGAUUGUCACAAGAUCAAUAUCAACACGUUAUUUAGUGUGGAAAUAAUACGAUGCUAAAUCAAUAUGGACAAAGAAAUAACUGACAAAGGUUAUAGAGUGUGUUUCACGUCGUACAAAUCGAACGUGAUGAUGCAGCGUUUGGUAGCAUGGAUUACAUAUUUCCCUGCACAAUUUUUACAAUGUGAAACAAAAAUAAAAAAGUUAUAACCGUCCGUAUUGAUGUAACGUUGUGUGGUUUUAGAUUUUCAUACAAAAUGUUUUAUGUGGUACAAACGAGCAAGCACUACCUGGAUAGGAAAUAUAGUCGCAUAUCAUCAUAGAACAGAUGGAGUAUUUUAUUUUAGAACAAUUUUUAAACAACCUUCCUGGCUCUGAUGCUUCGCUGCGUGACUCCCGAUGAUGAGAGGCACAAACCUGGGCUAAACUCAGCCCUGUUCACCAUUUCACACCACUUGCCUUUCAAAACUGCAUUGUGCCAGUUUGCCUCGAUGGCAGCGACACUCGCGACAGUGCAUUGCCUUAAAGCUUCAUGUAGCCGAUCCAUCACCAGUAGAAACUCCUCGAGUAGAAGCGUUUCCUACAUUCCAUCACACCGAGCUGUAACCGCGCUGGUUAGUGAUACACCUUGUACAUAAUGUAAAGACAUAGUAUUUUUCUGACUAUCAAUAUGUUUACAUAGCAUUAUAUAAACAUGAAGGGUAAAAGAGUAAAGUAUGUGAGAGCACAGAUAUUUAAGCAUCCGUAUCUUCAUAUCAGAUGUCGACAUGCGGUGGGUGUCUUCCUGUUUCCUUGUAAUGCAAAUGAAGCCGAUGAACCGGUGACACAAAAGAGCCAGUGUGACGCCGUGUGUGUGGCCCCGCAUGGAGACUGAAUGUAGAAUCCUUUUGUAACGUAAUGGAGGGUUGCAACUAAUGACUUCCAUUAUCAAUCAACCUGACGAAUACUUGUUCUUGGUUAAUCAUUAAAAAGCCAGAAAUCAGUGAAACAUGCCCGUCACACAGUCCAUCCUGAAGCCCAAGUAGACAUUUUCAAAACAUUUGUCGUGUCCAAACCCAAAGAUAUUCACAAUUAUUAUUCUUCCCAUAAAAAAUCACUCGUAUGAUUUUUGCUGAUUGAAUCAAUUCUUUCAAAUAAUCCAACAAGUAAUGACUUUACGUUAAACUUCAUUAGUAGUGAGAAUCUGUCCAGGAAAGCUACAGCGCAUGACUUUUCACUGCCAUUCUGCUUAAAAUAAAGAGAUUCUUAAUUAAAGCAUUAAAAUUCAGUUUAGCACAAAGCUUGUUAGUGAACCCUGAGUUAAGAUUGUGAUUUAAAUAUAUAAGAUCUGUCUGUAAACUAAAAACCACAUAGUUGGAAAAUAAUCUACUGUUUUAAAACCUUUUUAUAAACAAAAACUUCAAAGCACAAAUAAAGUUGCAAUUUUAGGUUUAAUCGUGGACUUUUCUUUACAUUUGGAUCAUUUGGACACAAAAAGACUUCAGCUGCUGUAAAGAUGCUCUUCCUCCAACCUGGCACAAGUUGUAGAAUAAGUCUCUUCGGCUCUCUGUCUGUCCUCAGAGUCGUCCUUUGUGUAUCCCACAAUGCCCCCUGCUGCCACCUAUUUAACAGCCCCCGGGCGUUACAAUGGCUGCCCUUUACAUUUCAUCCGACUGGCUUACAGCAGCAGAGCUGCGGAGGAAUUUGAAUACUUACUCGCCCUUUUCGCCACAACUUCCUUGUUACAGGACGGUUACCUUAGUAACACCAUCAAUUUCCAUUACUUACUAAAGGCCCCGUAAACCCGAAAGGUCAAUGCUGUCUGCAAACGUUUGUCUCAUUACGCGGUAUUGUUUCAAGUCACUCUCCCCAAACCUCCUCACAAUACUCAAUGUGACCUCACGUUGUUGAGAGUGAAUCUUUUUUUAAAAAUCAUUACCUGCAGAAUUGCUGAUUCUCUAGUAGUAUAUACAUAUAUUACCUACAUUUAUCUAUCACCAAAUGAUUAAAUGUGUCUCGUUUUGGCAAUAAUUUACCCCCGAGGAUGUCUUUAGUGCACUGGAAACUACUUUGUGAUGAGAAAUCGUCCACAUGCCUGCUGUAGUCUUCACACUGCUCAAAUAGCAAAAUGCUCUGCUCGGUCUUUUACAAUCUGAAGUCUCACAAUGAAAAAGAAAAGACGACCAUCUCGGAUCACUAGACCACAGGGCUGCAAAUUGUGAUGUUUCUCUACUGCAGAUUGUAUUUCUUACCUCUAAGAAGUAAAUAAAGAUCACACGUUGCUGU